GACUGGGGUUUCCCAGCGCCGCUACCUCAGAACGUGAGAAUCAUCAAACGAAAGUCGCACUCUUUUCAUCUGUCCCAUCAUCCGACAAACGUUGAAAUGGACCGCCGGUGUAUACUCUUCAAAUGACCGGGACCUACCAGCUACAUAUUGGGUUGCUAUUCCCAUGUAUCAUGGCAUGAUAGUUCCUAAUAGAGGCGAAAGUUCUCGAGAUUUGUAACAAUCAAGUAACCAUUCGCACCAUUCAGUUCCAGAUAGAGGCGAAAGUUCUUGAGCUUUGUAAGAUAUGGCAAAGCACGCUAUGACAUGCGAUUACAGAGUAAUCUUGCCCCGGCAUCGGUAGGCGAGAUUUUAGUACAAAUACCACUGGUUUUCAACAUGUCUCCCAAAGUCGCAAUCAUCAUCUAUUCCAUGUACGGUCAUAUCACAAAGAUGGCCGAGUCCGUCAAGAGUGGUAUCGAGUCCGCUGGUGGUUCCACCACCAUUUACCAGAUUGCUGAAACACUGCCCGAGGAAGUCCUCACAAAGAUGUAUGCUCCCGCAAAGCCAAGUUAUCCUAUCCUCAACCCCUCCGAACUUGCCAACUUUGACGCCUUUAUCUUCGGCGUUCCUACCCGUUAUGGCAAUUUCCCGGCUCAGUGGAAGGCUUUCUGGGACGCAACUGGUGGACUAUGGGCCAGUGGUGCUCUGGCUGGCAAAUUUGCGGGUGUCUUCGUUUCUACAGGCACCCCAGGCGGAGGACAGGAGGCUACUAUCAUCAACUCCCUCUCGACUCUUACCCACCACGGAAUCAUCUACGUCCCAUUGGGUUACAAACACUCGUUCGCACAACUCGCUAACAUAAGCGAAGUUCGCGGUGGCUCUCCUUGGGGUGCUGGUACCUUCGCUGGACCCGAUGGGUCACGCCAGCCUUCAGCCCUUGAAUUAGAAGUUGCUGUCAUCCAAGGCAAGGCUUUCUGGGACAUUGUUUCAAAGUACAAAUUCUAGAAGGGCCAUUCAUAAUCACAUCUACGAUACUUGUAGAGACAUCAUAAUAGACACAUGCAUAAAAAACAGAGACAAAAAUUGAUGUUGUUA